GGAGGGGAGAAUUAGUUGACAUAACCUGUAAUGUUAGCCGAGGUUCGUGUGCUGCUGCUCCGUUUCUUAUUUUCGUUCUCGCGGAUAGAUUUAUCGCAGCAGAGACAGUCGACAUGGCCGAGUUGUUGCUAGACCCGAAUAUCCGAGGCUGGGUAUUCCUGCCUAUAGUAGUGAUCACGUUUCUAGUCGGUAUAAUACGCCACUACGUUUCGAUAUUGCUCUCCUCGCAGAAGAAGGUCGAGCUCCAUCAAGUGCAAGAUAGUCAAGUCAUGAUACGCUCCAGACUGCUCCGGGAGAACGGGCAGUACAUACCGAAAGUAGGUUUUAUGACGAGGAGGCAUUUCUUCAACAACGAGGAGACUGGGUAUUUUAAGACUCAGAAGCGUCCUCCCGUAUCCCAAAAUCCCAUGACCGAUCCGAGUAUGAUGACGGAAAUGCUGAAGGGAAACGUGACCAAUGUCCUGCCUAUGGUACUGAUCGGUGGUUGGAUCAACUGGAUGUUCUCUGGAUUUGUGACAACUAAAGUGCCAUUUCCGUUGACGCUACGCUUCAAGCCGAUGUUGCAACGGGGUAUAGAAUUAAUUACGCUGGACGCUGCGUGGGUCUCUUCAGCCUCGUGGUACUUUCUCAAUGUGUUUGGACUGAGAUCCAUUUACACGCUUGUACUUGGCGAGAAUAACGCUGCGGAUACCACGAGACUGGUGCAGGAUCAAGUAUCGGGGGCCGCGAUGUCCAUGCCGCCCGAUCCGAAGGCAGCUUUCAAGUCCGAAUGGGAAGCGUUGGAGAUCUGCGAACAUAAUUGGGCGCUACAGGGAGUGGACGUUGAGAUCCUGGGUAUCCAGUCGAAGGACCUAGCCGAUAAUAUAUAUCAUCAAGGAAAAGCAAAUUGAUAUUUAGCAAUCAAAUUAUUUACUGUACAAAUUCCAAAAGAAAUCUAAUUUAUUUAUGUGUUAAAUGUCAAUUUGCAGCAUUUAUCUACUUGAAACGGUAAUAUAAAGAAACUUUGUUUUUUUAAAUAAAUAAAAUUAUAAAAUA